GAACGCAAUAAUUGACCACCUCAAGUCUCAGUGGUGAGCUACUGCACGAAAACUGUCAACCCCUCGUUCGCUAUCCAAUUGUCGGAUGGCGUGAUUUUUCAUUUCAGUUUGCUUUCUCUGUUUCUUUAACGUACCCUCCGCUUUGAUUUUCUCCGUCAAAUGCCGUGCCCACCACACCGGUGUAACACGUUAGACUUUUUGUUUGUAAUCGUUCGUCAAUUUUUGAACAGUAUAGGAGGCGAUCAUCCCCAAAAUGUUUAGCUACAUGAUUGAGCACAAGUGCAAUAGAACUGCGAUAGUAGCGCAAUAAACAAAACAAAAAACGAUUUUGCGUUACUUUCAAGUACGUCACAAUCGAACGUUGUACAAGGAAGGCCCUGUACGGUGUGCGGUCUUUAUAUACUUUGACGUUCGUAUGUCUGUUGUGUAUAGUCUCUACGUCGAAGGGGUUGCGUACAUACUUUCGGUAAACAGGAGUAUAGAGCAUGGCGAGACUAGUGGCCGCGCAAUGCUCCUUCGUGUUCACUUGCUUUCUCGAUAAGUCGAUAACAAGUAUAGGCCUGCAUACUGUGUAUACAACUGCAUCGCUAAGAUAUCCUGUCAGUCGUGUUGGUAUAUCCCACCGAGUUAGUUCAUAUCCAUUGGUGGUGCCCUGUAUAUUCAAAUUCCUGCUCAGCACACAACACAAACGGACUGGCCAUCUUUCAGCCAUGACUCGAUAUCCGGGUCGAAGUACUGGAAUUGGUGAAAGGCCACCUUUACCUAACGUCUUACCAGUGCCAGCUAGUCUCGGGACACCUAUCACAGAGCCAACGGCGGUGGCAUUGAGGCAGGUUGUUUUUGGACAAUGUCCGAGCAUGAUACGAUCGGAAUUCUUCUCACGUGGACCGGGAAUGGUGUUCCGGGAAGCAGAACAACAGCUCGCAUAUGGAUUAACGUUCAUCGGCGGUGAUAUGAUUCCAAUGGCACGAUCCGUCCUUAUGAUCGUUCAAGCACAGAUUUUGAAAACGCUUCUCUUCGAAACGGAUCCCACAAGAAUAUUAAAAUCUAGAAGGAAUCCUUUAGAGCCAACAAUGACGAUACAGAAAGAAGCUCUUGUGGCAGCUGUAGCCGAAAUCUUGUGGCGGGCUGGAAGUGGCCAAGGCAUUCUCUGUUUGCCAAGCAAAUCCAUUGUACAUUUGCCCGAAUCACCGCAGUUUAAUCACGACGGUGUAACUGAAAAAUUGCAGUUGGUACCUUUCGCAAAGUGGGACGAACUUGUGACGGUACUGCGUCGAUAUAUUUACUUAUUCCAGGAAGAGCCUGGUCCGGCUGUUCUUCUUCUAUUGUAUAGUGCCGUUUUAUCCAGGGGCUUGGACAGAGUGAACGAAGACUUGAUGGGCAGAGCGGCAAAUUUCAGCGGACUGACACACAGAAGCCAUCUCGUGAAUUUCAAAGGAAGCAUUUCAAACAGUGUUCUGUGUUUGCUCAUGACCGGUAGAGCCAGUCCGUUCUUGCAUAACGGAGUCCAAUACCGAGGAGACGAAGACCAUGCGUCCAUAGCGGAAACGGGAUUAUUGAUUCGUUCACCGCUCGGCCUCCUCCUAUGGAUGGGCAACGAGGAAAAGACACAAGCAACGAAUCUUGGUUCCAGAUUAAAAACCCCAAUCUUCCCCAUUUGGCUAGUGAUCUGCUGUGACCAAUCUGGCCUUCUAUUUUGCUUAGACCGAGCGCUAAUGCGAGACUACCGAAACGAAUACAACUUCCAGCUUCACUAUUAUACCAGUUCGCAUUUUCAGACCGGUGACACUAUUUUGAAUAUAUGCACACGCGGAUUUGAUGAAACCGAACCUGAGAUUCCUCUUAGUACGCUGGACAAGAUCAUCAGAACUAAGUGGAGCGGGGCGCGCGUCAACUGGAACGGCAUUGUUCCAUACCUAUGAAAUUGUUUUCGAAGAAAUAUUUUUGUUCCCUCAGUCCUCCUCAUAAAAAACUUGAAAGAAGAAAGCGAUGCACAAAACAAACACCAUAACACGCACUUUUUUAUACGAUGGAUCAGCAACCAAUUCACCUGAAAAAAAAAAUCAAACAAAAAUACAGGCGUCAAUGAAGGGAUUUCACAACGACUCGUCGACGGAGUAAUCAACGAAAGGCGGCGGGGAACGAUGUGUAGUCUUCCCGUAUGCACGUCACUUGUAAAUUAGGAAAUUUGUCUAGUAGCUCCGGUGGUAUAUAUGUAGACACCACACUGACGAUGGUACGAAAAGAAAAUGAGACAAUAUCGACCGGUCUUGGACAGGCCUGCAACCUUGUUUAUACAACAUAGUCUAGAUUUGAUCCUGGUCGAUUCAAAAAACCAUGUUCCAUUGUGUACCCAGCAAUAAAGUGACAGCACAAUUUUCCCAGAA